GACCCUGGGCUGGGCGGCCGCGGGGCGGCGGGGAGAGGCGCGGCGGGCGCGCGGGAACCAUGACAGAAGAUGACCGAGGCGGCGCUGGUGGAGGGCCAGGUCAAGCUGCGGGACGGCAAGAAGUGGAAGAGUAGGUGGCUGGUGCUGCGCAAGCCGUCGCCGGUGGCAGACUGCCUGCUGAUGCUGGCCUACAAGGACAGGUCAGAGCGAGCCAGAGGGAUGCGGGAACGCAGCAGCCUCGCGCUGGAGGACAUCUGCGGCCUGGAGCCCGGCCUGCCCUACGAGGGCCUGGCCCACACACUGGCCAUCGUCUGCCUGUCGCAGGCCGUCAUGCUGGGCUUCGACAGCCGGGAGGCCAUGUGCGCCUGGGACGCCCGGAUCCGCCACGCGCUGGGUGAGGUGCACAGGUUCCACGUGACCGUGGCUCCAGGCACCAAGCUGGAGAGCGGACCCGCCACCCUGCACCUCUGCAAUGACAUCCUCGUCGUGGCCAGGGACGUCCCUCCGGCCGUCACGGGGCAGUGGAAGCUGUCGGACCUCCGGCGCUAUGGGGCCGUGCCCAGCGGGUUCAUCUUUGAAGGAGGGACCAGGUGUGGGUACUGGGCUGGGGUCUUCUUCCUGUCCUCGGCUGAGGGAGAGCAGAUCAGUUUCCUGUUCGACUGCAUUGUCCGCGGCAUCUCCCCGACCAAGGGCUCCUUUGGGCUGCGGCCUGUUCUCCCAGACCUGAGCCCCGGGGGCCCUGCCGUGGAGGAGCGAGUGGCCCAGGAGGCCCUGGAAGCCCUGCAGCUGGAGAAGCGGCUCAGCCUCCUCUCCCACUCCGGCUGGCCGGGCAGUGCAGGGGACGACCGCAGCCUGUCCAGCUCAUCGUCAGAGGCCAGCCACUCAGACGUCAGCGCCAGCAGCCGGCUCGCACCGUGGCCAGAGCCGUCCCUGUCCUCGGCGGGCGUGUCGCCGGAGGGUCUUGGGCUGGUGGCUGCCCAGGCCCCCGGGGAGGCCGUAGCGGGUGCCUCGAGGCCACCCCCCAGGCCGCUGCGGCCACGGCAGCUGCAGGAGGUCGGCCGCCAGAGCUCCUCGGACAGCGGCAUCGCCACGGGCAGCCACUCCUCCUACUCGGGCAGCUUCUCGUCCUUCGCAGGCAGCAGCCUGGACGUGUGGCGCGGGGCUGACGAGCUGGGCUCCCUGCUCAGCCUGCCGGGAGGCGGGGUGCCCGAGCCCAGCCUGUGCGCCUGUGCCCCCGGGGCGGCCGAGUACCAGGUGCCCACUGCGCCUCGGCCCCACUACGACACGCCCCGCAGCCUGCGCCAGGUGGCCCGGGACCAGCCCCCUGCCACACAGGGCAGUGCCAGCGACGGAGCCGCCGGGGACUCUGGCGGCCGUCCGUCGGCGGGGUUUCCCUCCGGCUGGCUGGGCGAGCGACGGCGGGGACAGGCGACAGAGGCCCCGUCGGGGCCAGGCGAGCCCUGGGAAGCGGGCGCCCCCCACGCAGGGCCCCCUCCGGCUCUCUUUUCCGCGUGUCCCGUCUGCGGAGGACUGAAGGUAAAUGCCCCUCCCUGA